AGCCAAAGUCGGACGCUCAACUGACUGAACUGCCCAGGCGCCCCCGAUUAAUUAAAUUUAAACGAGGGCUGGGCCCCGGCUCCCCACCGCUCUGCCCGGAGGCCCCUGCCUGACUCCCCGCCAGCUCCGGGUCCCCGCCGUGCCGACGCCCACCAUGGACAUCGCCAUCCAGCAACCCUGGUUCAGACGUGCUCUGGGCCCCCUCUACCCCAGCCGGCUGUUCGACCAGUUUUUCGGCGAGGGGCUCUUCGAGUAUGACCUGCUGCCCUUCCUGUCCUCCACCAUCAGCCCCUACUACCGCCAGUCCCUGUUCCGCACCGUGCUGGACUCCGGCCUCUCCGAGGUCCGAUCCGACCGGGACAAAUUCGUCAUCUUCCUGGACGUGAAGCACUUCUCCCCCGAGGACCUCACAGUGAAGGUGCUGGAGGACUUUGUGGAGAUCCACGGCAAGCACAACGAGAGGCAGGACGACCAUGGCUACAUCUCCCGUGAGUUCCAUCGGCGCUACCGCCUGCCUUCCAACGUGGACCAGUCGGCGCUCUCCUGCUCCCUGUCCGCGGACGGCAUGCUGACCUUCUCUGGUCCCAAGAUCCCGUCAGGCCUGGACGCCGGCCACAGUGAGAGAGCCAUCCCCGUGUCUCGGGAGGAGAAGCCCAGCUCCGCACCCUCGUCCUGAGUCGGCCUGGGCCUCGGCUGCCCCCGCGGCUGCCCCCGCGGCCCGUCCGUCUGGGGGAGCCCUAGAGAGUGCGGUGUUGGUCUCCAUUUGCUUUCCUUGUUUUCAUUUCCUUUUCCUUUUUCCUCGGAGGGAACGAAAGUCGGGGGAGGGUAGCCUGGGGAGUGUGGGGCCCCGACUGCGGUGCUGCGGCCCUGAGGCCGCCCAGAUGUCAACGCCAGCCUCCUGGUGGCUGUGAUCGCCACCCUGGCCCCUGAGAGGGCGGCGCCAUGCUCCCAGAGGCCACCUCAGGAUGACCCCUGGGUCUCCAGGGCCAGUC